AUGUCCCUCGCAGCCUCGAGGCUUCUGUGGAAGUCCGUCUCCUCCACGACAUCGACACAAUGCCGACGAUGCAUCUCCCAAGCAGCAGUUCCUAAGCAGACCCGGCCGACUGCCGCGCCGACCAUGUUCCAGACGAAACCCUCCCCGGCGCAGAGGAGGACAAAGACAUACAAGACCGUGGAGGAGGCAAAAAGCAGGUACAGAGCAGGGCCCUUUUCAUGGAAGGCCGGUGUUCUGUUCGUCGCCACCGGUGUCGGCCUGACGUGGUACUUUGAGCACGAGAAGCAGCGCAUGGAGCGCAAGCGCAUCGCCGAGGCGACCAAGGGUAUCGGGCGGCCCAAGGUCGGAGGGUCGUUCGAGCUGAUUGACCAGAACGGCAACAAGUUCACGAGCGAGGACAUGAAGGGUCGCUACGCACUGGUCUACUUUGGCUUCACGCACUGCCCCGACAUCUGCCCCGACGAGCUCGACAAGAUGGCGCGGAUGUACGACCUCGUCGAGGAGAAGCGGCCCGGCUCGAUCCUCCCCAUCUUCAUCACCUGCGACCCGGAGCGCGACAACCCCGCCGUGGUCAAGGAGUACCUCUCCGAGUUCCACCCCAAGUUCAUCGGCCUGACGGGCACCUACGACCAGAUCAAGGCCAUGUGCAAGCUGUACCGCGUCUACUUCAGCACGCCGCAGCACGUCAAGCCCGGCCAGGACUACCUCGUCGACCACAGCAUAUACUUUUACCUGAUGGACCCGGAGGGCGACUUCGUCGAGGCGCUGGGGCGCCAGCACUCCCCGACGGCGGCGGCCAAGAUCAUCCUGGACCACAUGAACGACUGGCAGGGCGGUUGGAAGAAGGACUAA